UUAACCCUGCAAAAAGAUAUUGAAAUAUAUACGACGAUGGAACCUGAAAAUAACGAAGAAUACAAUAUUUGUUACCCCAAUACCCAAACUAGCACUACUUCAAAGAAAAACAAUCCCUUGGAUAAGACUGAGGACAAACCUGAGGAUAUAGAUGAUGACGCGACUCGUUUACUUGAUGGGGAAGUUAAUAUACACAUGCUUAAAGAUAUAAUCAAUAUAGAGUACACAAAUAAAGAAAAAGAAAAUAAUGAAACUGGUUUCCUUAAUGUCGAGGACAAUGCUAUAAGAAAUGAUGUAAAUCUAAGUCAAGCAAGUUUAAAUGUUUUAUAUGAAUCUAAUCUAUAUGGAAAUGAUGAUUUAAAUGACGCAAAAAAUCAGCUCGAGAGAAAUCAGAACGCCGGCUUGUCUUUUAAUAUAAAUACAUCAACGCCAAUUGAAAAUAAGGAACUGUCAGAUGACGCUGUUAGCAGCAAUAAUAUUGAAAUGAAACGUCAAAAUAGAAAGGCCAGAAGAAUAUUUAGAAACGCUUGCAUUGACUUUAUCUCAGAUAAUGAAGAUUUCUCCCCGGGUAGUUCCGAUUGUUGGUAUCCUUGUGAAUCUGAAGAAUCAGACGUAGAUGGAAUAAAAAAAAGGAAAGUGAAGAAACAGAAGAAAAGCGCUAAUGAACGAGACAAACAGAAGAUAAUAAAAGAAAAAGUACCAGUAAUAUCUAGAUUGAAAAUUUCUCGUAAAAACCAACGUAAAUCCCAGAAAAUUUUGAAAAAUACAGGUAAAUCAUAUGAAAAUAGAUCGGGAAAAGUUAAAGAAUCAAAAUCGAUGAAAGAAAAUCCAUGCAUGCCUGGUAAAUGCACAAGAAGGUGCUAUGAUGUCACAGAUGAACGGCGAAAGAAUAUUUUCGAUCAUUAUUGGUCCUUAGAUUCUCAACAUCAACGCGACUGGAUUGUUCUACAUUCAAAGUUGACUGAUAUUAAAAGGAAAAAAACUAAGAAUGAUAUCAGCAAAAGGAACAAGACUGUUGAAUAUUUUAUUAAUGAAGGAGAAGGUUUGCGACAAGUCUGUCAAAAGUUUUUGAUAAAUACUCUGGAUGUAAGCCAAAAACUAUUACAAUAUACUAAUAACCAUGCAGUUGAAGGAAUGGCACUUGCAGAUCAACGGACAUUCAAUGGGAUUUUGAAGUAUAGUGAAGAAGCAAAAAAAUUUGCAAGGGAAUUUAUAGAUAAACUUCCUGCAGUUAGUUCCCAUUACUGCAGGCGAGACAGUCAAAAACUUUACCUACCGCAAGAAUUAAAAAAUAUUUCCAAUUUGUACCGACUUUAUGCUGACGAAUGCAAAUUAGGAAAUGUAGAGAGAAUCAGCGAAAAAAUGUUUCGACAAAUAUUUACAAACGAAUAUAAUCUAUCGUUUCAUGUUCCAAAAAAAGAUAAAUGUGUCCAAUGUGUCAAAUCAGAAAAUGAAAAUAAAUUAACAGAAAUGGAACAAGAGCAAUUAAAAAUUCACUUAGAGGAAAAGAAGGCUUCUUAUAACCGAUUUAAAGUACAUCAAAAUUUGCAAUCUGAAGAUACUGUCGUAACAAGUUUCGAUCUACAAAAGGUGUUAAAUACUCCCUAUGGUGAAUCGAUGUUACUUUAUUAUUCAAGGAAAUACAGCAUGUACAAUCUGACUUUUUAUGAAAGUCAGACUCAAAAUGGAUUUUGCUAUCUUUGGGGAGAGUGCGACGCUAAAAGAGGUAGCAAUGAAGUGGCUACAUGUAUCACAAAAUAUCUGAAAGAUGUAGAUACAAGAGGGAAGAAAAAUGUUGUUCUGUAUUGUGAUGCCUGCUGUGGACAAAAUAAAAAUAAAGUAGUCUUAACAGCUAUUCAUCAUUUUUUGACUACAUCACAGAAUAUUCAAGUGAUACAAAUUAAUUUCCUUCUGCCUGGGCACUCUUAUAUGCCUGUGGACUCCAUGCACGCAGUCAUCGAGAGGGAAGUGAAGAGACUAAUUGUAUGGAGUCCAUCACAAUGGCCAACCUAUAUUGAAGCAGCGCGCAAAAAGCCUUUUCCUUACAAAGUAGAAACUCUAGAGUAUUCAGACAUAUUGGAUUGGAAUGAACUGUCUGUCGAAGCAUUUUUAGGUGAUCCUAUCAAAGAUUUUAGAAAAAUGAGAGUGGUUACUAUGAAAAAAAAAGAAUUUGAACAGGCUUGACAUUAAAUAUUCUAUGAAAGAUGACGCUAAAACAACGGUAGUAGAAAUUUUCAAGGUCCCAACUUUGAAGACUAAACGAAGAGGAAAAAAGCUACCGAAGGCUACCAACAAUAUUUUAGCUCAGAGUGAGCCUUACGAAAACAUCAAUUUGUUGCCGCUUUAUACAAAGCAGCAAACAAUU